UCAUAAAUCUAUUUCCAAGAUAACCUUCAAGUGAUUUUGUCAAAUUGAUAACAAGUACAGAAUUCUGAAUUUAUCAGAAAAUACAUUACAAGAUCGUCAUUAUUGUUUAGUUAAACAGUGAACAUGAAUUCCGUAACUAGAGCAUUUAGUUUAAGCAGUCAUAUACCGAAGAAUGCAAGGUUGAUCAGCACAACAAGUGCCCAACUCAACGCUGAUGAUGGAUGGUUUUCAAAGCUGUUGGUGCGAAGGAUAGAGCCUACCAAGGAAUCCCACAGCCGUAUGCUUAGCGACAAGGAGAUAAUUUAUGCGCUUCAUACGCAUAACAUAAGGCCCGACUCAGUAGAUAAAUACUUGAAAAACUACAAAACCUCAGUGGAGUUUGUCCACUCACAGAAAGCUGAACUGGGGUGUGAGCUCGUGGGAUCAUGGACGGUGUCCGUUGGAGAUAUGGACCAGGCCCUGCACCUAUGGCGCUAUGUUGGAGGAUUUGAGAAGAUUGAUAAAGCAAAGAUUCUGUUCAAAGAGAGCCCUGAAUACAGAGCGUUAGAAAAGGAACGCGGCAACUUCGUGCGGUCGCGGCAUCUGCAAUACCUGCUCGCCUUCAGCUUCUGGCCCAACGGCGAGCCGCGGACGCCCAACAACAUCUACGAGAUACGAUCCUACAGUCUCAAGCCGGGCACGAUGAUCGAGUGGGGCAACAACUGGGCGCGCGGGCUGACGUACCGCCGCUCGCAGAACGAGGCCUUCGCCGGGUACUUCUCGCAGAUCGGACGCCUGUAUAACGUACAUCAUAUUUGGUGCUACAAGGACCUGCAGGCGCGCCGCGAGACGCGCGAAAGCACGUGGCGCAACCCUGGCUGGGACGAGUGCGUGGCCUACACCGUGCCGCUCAUCAGGGAAAUGCACUGCCGCAUCCUGGAGCCCACCGAAUUCUCACCCACACAGUAAACACGAACAUAAGAACAUAACUAAGGAUGCCAUAGUAGAAGGGAACAGUAAAACAUUAAUUUUCCAACUCAAUUCAAUAUUAAGCACAAAUAAAGCCUCUGAUUUCAACAUCUUGAACUCGGGACAUGUUUAAAUAAGUUUAUUAUUAUUCUAAAUGCACUUUAUGGGUCAUGCUUUGCUUAUUUUUGAUCUAGGCAGACUUGCACACUGAAGAUCUGUGACUUUGGUGAGUUGAAGUUGUGACUGAGACGUCUAUUGUAUCACUGAAUCUUCUUGGCAAGUCUUCAACGACUUUAGCUAGCUUCUAAGGCGUUUCAUUCUUUGUCUAAAAGUAGUUGACCAUAUUUUAUUAUUGUGCAGCGUAAUGUUUGGAAAUGUUAUUACAUGUUUGCACUCUUUGCUUCGCUACGUUUUAUGGUCGGCAUUAUAUCAUUACUGCAUUGUUUCAGGGUGAGUGAAUAUUUAAUUAUCAAAAAAGCCAUACUUUGCUGACCCUGAUCUGGGCAGUUUAACUCACUGGUGACUUACUGUGCCAUUUCCCAUCUUGCUUCGUAUUAUCAGACCUUUUGUGGGCGAUGGAUGGUUCUCUGGUGAGUUGUAGUGACCUUACUCCUAAAGAGUGGGCAUUAGAGCAUAAUAUUAUGAAGAUAUUAUCAGUGUGUAGCGUGUAGUGCGUGACUGUAACAACGACAGUUGACUCUUGUUCCAAUCAUGGGGCAGAUAUUCUCUCCUCGGUGAUAAAUAAGAUACAAAUAUUUGUAUUUGCAGCUGCCCGCGACUACGCGUGGACCCUGUUUUACCCCCCUAAAAUCCGUUCUUAUUGUCGGAUGUCGACACCCUACGCACACUAAUUGUUUGAGUGCUAUUCGAAAAGACGUUUUACUGUUCCAUUUUACUAUGGGGAUAUCAAAAGAUAGAUCAAAUCGAAGUGAUGAGAGAUUAAUUUAACAUUUUGGUUUUACUAUACAAUAAUGCACACCAAUAGUUUCACAUGUUAGUUUUGCACGUCAUGAUUUCCCGACAAGAAGGGCAAAUUAAUACAAACAAAGGAUAAAUAAUGACUGUCUUUGACACCAAUUUCCGAUGCUGUGUGAUGUGCAUUUAAAACCUAUUUGAAGAUCAAUGUAAUAAGUCCUACGUUUAAAUUUAAGUAAGGCUUAACUUUUUGAUUCUAGGGUUGUCUUCAAUAAAUGUCUUGCCUUUGCACAUUUAUGUCUAGCGUAAAAUAUCACAUAUGUUAUGUGUAAGUUUUCGCAUAUGAAAUCGCGUGGGUAGAUCCUCUGAAGAAAUUAAUUGAAACAUUUGUGAGAGGUAAAAAUUAAUAUGUAUUUAGAAGUCUUGAUAGAUCACAUUUGAUAAUAAAAAUCAAAGAAACUUGAAUCAAAACAUUUAAAUUUAUGCAAAAUUAUUCAUAAGGCAUGCAUAUUAAGGUCGAUGUAUUUUUUUGUAUUUUAUUGUUGACAAUGCUGUUUGAAUACAUAAUGUUAUAUUAGUAUUCAUGCUUUUUCAAGCAAAUCUAAAUAAUGUUGGAGCAAUUAUGUCGGCAUUUCUAGUCGGGGAAUUGAACAGAACUCUCGAUAUCGAUAAUACCUACGAAACGAUAAGAUCGUUGUUUAUUUGAUAAUAUGAUAGCAGCACAAUCUUGAAUGUGUUAAGGUAGCGAAUAAAUUAUGGCUACUUUCUAUGUUUACAUUAUUGAAAUUUAGCAAACUAAAGUGUAUUCUUGAUACUUUAAUAAUAGUUUCCUAUCCUCGUUGUGCGAAAUUGUAUACAGCAUCGCUAUAGGUAUAUUUGCGAUAGAUAACAUAUUGGAUGAUGCAAACUCGCCUACAGAAAAUGUUUAGAACGCGCAACUAAAAACAAAUUGUGCACAAUCUAUGACGUUUACUUUUUGUUGUCAUCAUUCUUAUCUUAUUUUUGUAUUGAAGAUGUGUGUCGUAGAAUAUCUACAUAGUCGCGACCAGUGUAUUUAACCCUAUAAUUUUUAUAGCAUUUAUAAAAGUAAUGAAAUCGUUAUUAUUCAUGUAAAAAUAUCUAUAAGAUCAACUUAUACAUUAUAAGGAUUUCUUUAUUUACACCUAAAGUUACUUUAUGAAGUUGUUUGUGCAACAUUUUUUUGUCUUAUUUUAAUUGUAAAAAAAUAGUUGAAGUAGACUUUUUUAAACAGUUGAA